CCGUCCACAAGAUCAUUCAUCUGUAUCAGAGCGUCUGAUUCGACGGCGAUAGAAUGGCAUCGUGGACAACAUAACAUGAAUUCCUCGUGACGGAGUGAAAAGAGCAGUACUGCCAGCGAUGAUGAAGAGCCCCGAUCAGCGCACGCGCCUUGGCCGUCAGCUCCGAUCAUGCAGCCGAAAUCCACACACCCUCGCAGUGGUGCCAACAGCACAUCCCAAAUCAACGCGUCACUGCCUGUGACGACAGAGCAGAACCGUCGCUGCGCGCACAGCGCCUCGAGCGCCGAGUCAUGCCGGACAGCAUCUAUUAGCGAUCUGGAAGUCAAAGGCGGACAUGAAAAAGGCUCUGCUGAUGUUGAUGCACGGGACGAGCGAGCACAAAUGGGAGACAGAUCGCGUGAGGCCGUAAAACCAUGUCCUGCCAACGAUCACGAAGGAUGCCAUCCUUCGUCGCCCAGCGCACUCACCCAUGGCAUAGCCAGAGUCGCGCCGCAAAGCUAGCCCCAGUUACAUAGUCGAAACCUAGAGAAGCUCAGGGUGGGCCCCCCGAAUCAACGCGUCGCUGUCCAUGAUAUCGAAGCAGAACACGCUGUCGCUGCUGCGCACAUACACGGCUUCGAGCGCCGGGUCAUGAUAGCGUCUCUUGAGCAAUCAGGAAGCCGAAGGCGGACACGAACGAGGUUCUGUUGCGAACACGGAUAAGGCGCUCUUGAUGGCGAUGAUGCCCAGGCAAGCGAGCGCAGGCAGGAGACAAGUCAUGUGAGGUCCUCAGAACAGCUCCUGCCAGCGAACACCUGGACCGCAAACCCCCGUCGCCCAGCGCGGCCGUCCACAACCCCGAUCCCGCGUCCAAAAUCGCAACCCACAUACAGCAUCCUCGCAGCGGCACCGCGACUCCCGAAUCGACGCGCGCCGCUGUGCACGAUGCCGAGAAGACACACGCCGCGAGUGACCUAGAUAGCGGCUGCGGGCCGUGGGCGCUGUCACAGGUCUUCACAGGCGAGCGUCUCUUCGGCGAUGAGGAAGCCGCGGCUGCGCGUGGACGUGGACGUGGACGAGAACACGGGUUCGUCGAUGCUCAGAACGAGCGAGCGCGGGCGACGCAUCGCGCGAGGGAGUCAUAAGAGCGAGCGUCUGAGUCCACAAAAGACAACAAACACGCUGCGUCGGCAUCCAGCGG